AUGAGAUCGUUUAUAAUAUUAUCUGCCCUCGUGGCCAUGGCUUGCGCAGCACCCCAAUUCCAGUACCAAAAUCAGCCACAAUAUCAGGCUCAAAAUAUAAUCCCCAUCAUCAGACAGACACAAGAAAUCAAUCCAGAUGGUUCUUAUCAAUUCAGCUAUGAAACCGGUAACGGCAUCGCAGCCCAAGAGCAAGGUUAUCUGAAGAACCGUGGCAUCAAAGACACAGAGGCGCAAGUUGCACAAGGCUCUUACAGUUAUACGUCACCUGAGGGUCUGCCCAUUUCUGUGACUUACAUCGCUGAUGAAAACGGUUUCCGUGCUGAAGGAGCUCAUCUGCCCACUCCCCAUCCCAUCCCUGAAGCUAUUGCACGCGCUAUCCAAUACAUCCAAUCUAAACCUGCCCAGCCCGAAAACCAAUUCCAACAACCCUUCCGCGGU